CGUUCCAAGUGGCAAAAUCUCCUUCCGCCAAGACUAUUCCGGCCUUCUUCUUCCUUCGGGUAACUCCAACGUCGGCUCUGAACUCCAAUUGCUGACCGCUUCUGACUGCAGUCAUCUCACUUCUCUCUCUUCUUCGUCUACCCCUUACCCACGCCGCCGGGGCUGGAAGAGAAAACGUGAUUGAAACCCUAAAUUAAGUUAAGAUUUUCGGUUUGGGAUUUGGUUUCUUCUCUGCCAGGAUGCUGGAUCUUCAGAAAAGAAGGAUUCAGUUUGCCCUCUUCAUCGUGGGUCUAACGGCCCUCAGCAUGACUGCUGAAAAGUUCAGAGAAAUCAUUGGGGAACAAUCUUCAUCAAAGAGUGGAAAGUUUACAUUUCUCAAUUGCUUUGACUUGGGUUCUGGCACUCUUGCCUGUGGAGUUAAAGAAAGCAUCAAGCUUUACAGCUACAGCAUUCGCAGCGUACAUGUCGAGAAUGUAAGGCAGAGAGCCACCGAUUUCGCUCUCAAUGAAGCGCUGCAGGAGGGGUUGAGCACGAAUGCCGCCGCAAAGCAGGCGAAAAAAGCCGGAGCAAAGGCCGCUAAGCUCGCCUCUCGCCAGGCGCGGCGAAUCGUCGGCCCAAUUAUAUCCUCAGGCUGGGACUUCUUUGAAGCCAUUUAUUAUGGCGGCACCAUGACAGAAGGUUUUCUCAGAGGAAGUGGAACGUUAUUUGGUACUUAUAUUGGAGGCUUCCAUGGAGAGCAGUUGCUGGGAAGAUUGGGUUAUUUUGCUGGAAGUCAUUUGGGGAGUUGGGUUGGAGGAAGGGUGGGGUUAAUGUUUUAUGAUAUUUUUAAUGGUAUUAAUUACAUGUUUAAUUUUUUUGAAAUGGAGGAUUUAGGUAAGCAGGUGAACAAUGAAGGUGUAUCAGAGAGCACUGAGAAUUCUGUUGGCUGGGGGUUUUUCUGAUAUUGUGGCUAAAUAUAGAGGGUAAAUUUGGAAACUUUGUUGAUUAUUGUUAUUAUUAUUUUGUAUUAUAUACAGUUGAAAUAUAUGGUGCUUGAAGUUAGGAAU